ACACUUCCACCCUCAUAAAUCCUAUCACACACUCUCUCUCUACACUCUCUCUCUAGCCGCUCAUGCAACCACUGCAAAGUCCACAUCUAUAAUUCACACACAAACAAUCAUGACCAAAACCUAACGAAAAUCAAACCGUUUCCAAAUCGAAUUUCAAUCUAUGAACGGAGUCAACGGCGGACCGCCGCCGUACACCGCCGGCGUAGGGUUCGGAAACACCGUUCCGAGAGUAUCGCCGGAGGACUGGCGGUUUCACGCGACGGAGUUCGCUAAAGGAGUGGCGGAAUUGAGCGUUGAAUUCGGCAAAGGAUGCAGAGAUGUGGUCAAACAGAGUAUUCUGAGAGAUGAUUCGUUUGUUGUCAGGAAUUUCGGUGGUCCGUGUAAAUCUGCUUGUAUGAAAUUGAGGUUUUUGAAUCGGUAUUUGCCUGAAGAUCGUGAUCCGAUGCAUUCGUGGAGUGUGAUUUCAUUCGUUUUUGCUGUUGUUAUUGCAGUUUUGAUUGUAACCUCUGAAAGUGAUGCCCCUGUUCCAAUGAUACAAAAGUUGCACAUAUAUCCUGGAAACGCUACACGUAUAUUGUUACCGGAUGGUCGGCACUUGGCUUAUCACGAGCAAGGUGUUUCAUCUGACAGAGCUCGAUAUACCAUAGUCACAUCACAUUCUUUCCUUUCAUCACGACUAGCAGGGAUACCUGGGAUUAAGGCUUCACUGUUAGAAGAAUUUGGUGUUCGUUUGGUAACGUAUGAUCUUCCUGGGUUUGGGGAAAGCGAUCCUCAUCCCGGCAGGAACCUCGAGUCAUCUGCGAUGGACCUGUUUUACUUAUCGUAUGCCGUGCAUAUAACCGACAAGUUUUGGGUGGUUGGAUACUCAGGUGCAAGCUUACACACCUGGGCCGCUCUCAAGUACAUCCCCGAUAGAAUCGCAGGUGCGUUCAUGGUAGCACCUUUGCUCAAUCCAUACGAACCGAGCAUGAAUAAAGUUGAGAGACGAAGGACCUGGGAGAAAUGGACGUUAAGAAGGAAGUUUAUGUACUUUUUAGCGCGGAAAUUUCCGGUACUUCUUCCAUACUUCUACCGGCGCAGCUUCUUGUCGGGAAACCUUGAUCAAAUAGAUAAGUGGCUAGCAUUGUCACUUGGAAAAAGGGACAAAGUUAUGAUAGAAGAACUGAAAUAUCAAGAGUUCUGGAAGCGGGAUUUGGGGGAGUCGGUUCGACAGGGUAAUGUAAAACCGUUUGUAGAGGAAGCGGUGUUGCAGGUAUCGAAUUGGGGCUUUAGCAUCAGCGAUCUUAAUGUCCAGAAGAAGCUCCAAGGGAAAGGCAUCGUCUAUUGGCUCAAGUCUAUAUAUAAACGACCACGCCAAGAGUUGACCGGAUUUCUUGGUCCGAUACAUAUAUGGCAGGGGUUGGAAGAUAGGGUGGUGCCACCAUCAAUGAGUGAGUAUGUGCAUCGUGUUUUACCGGGGGCAAUGGUGCAUAAGCUCCUUUACGAGGGCCAUUUCACCUACUUUUACUUUUGUGACGAAUGCCAUAGACAGAUGUUGACCACGGUAUUUGGCAACCCACAAGGCCCGUUGCCCGUGAAAGUUGACCCGAUUCCCAUGAAAGUUGACCCGAUUCCCGUGAAAGUUGACCCGGUUCUCGUGAAUGAGGAUACUGAUGAAGAAACAGAGGAAAGAGGUAUAAAUAGUUAUUCAGAGAACAAUUCAGAUUCAGAUAUUACUUUUGUUUAGAUGCGAAUUUUAGAUGCAUACACAACACUUUAGAGCUAAUGACUGUAUACAUCAGUCAUGCUAAUAACACUUUGUACUUUGUAGGAUGGCUGCAAAACUCAUGAGCCAAGAUACACAUAAAAAAUAUAUCUGUAUUUUCAGAUCCUAUAACUCUAAAUCGAUACAAAAUGCGGGUAGUGACUA